CUCCUGAAGCCCAACCAAGUCACAUGAAAAAGGAGCCAUAUAGGUGUUCUAAGUAACUGAAAGGCUUUACUACAGUUCACUGAAGGAUUCACACGCCGUAUCUACGUGUCAGGAAUGUUAUGAAUUCUCCUCAACACUGAUCCAGCCUCAAAGGCCGAGAGAAUUCAUUUCCACGUUCUAGAAGUGACUAUGGCUUUAUAGUAAAGUCCAACCCAUGUAUACAUAGGAUACGCCAUUUCAGAAGUUAUUUGGAAUGUGACAAAGGUUUUACAAUGAAGGCAAAACGCGGGAGACCCCAGAAGGUUCACAAUGGAGAGAAGACACAUAGGUGUUCAGAAUGUGAUAAAGCUUUUACAAGGCCGUCAGCGCUUACCAUACAUGAGAGGGUUCACACUGGAGAGAAGCCAUAUCAGUGUUCUGAAUGUGAUAAAGCUUUUACACAGAAGCCAAACCUUAUCAUGCACCAAAGGAUUCACACUGGAGAGAAGCCGUAUCAGUGUUCUGAAUGUGAUAAAGCUUUUAUAAGGAAGGUAGGUCUUAUCAAUCAUGAAAGGAUUCACACAGGAGUAAAGCCAUAUUGGUGUUCUGUAUGUGAUAAAGGUUUUACAAGAAAGGUAUAUCUUACGACACACCAGAGGAUUCACACUGGGGAGAAACCAUAUCAGUGUUCUGAAUGUGACAAAGCUUUUACACAGAAGUCACAUCUUAUCAGUCACCAAAGCAAUCACACCGGAGAGAAGCCAUAUCAGUGCUCUGAAUGUGAUAGGGCUUUUACAACAAAGGUAGAUCUUGCCAUACACCAGAGGAUUCACACCGGAGAGAAGCCAUAUCAAUGUUCUGAAUGUGGCAAAGCUUUUGCAAGGAAGUCAUAUCUUACCACACACCAGAGGGGUCACACUGGAGAGAAGCCAUACCAGUGUUCGGAAUGUGAUCAAGCUUUCACAAAGAAAUCAAAUCUUAUCGCACACCAGAGCAUUCACACUGGAGAGACGCUGUAUCAGUGCUCUGAAUGUAAUAAAAAAUUUACAAGAAAAGAAAACCUUACCAUCCACGAGAUUGUUCACACUGGAGAGAAGCCCUUCCUUUGUUCUGAAUGUGAUCGAGCUUUUGCACGGAAGUCACAUCUUAUCACACACCAGAGGACUCACACUGGAGGGAAGCCAUAUCAAUGUUCUGAAUGUGGUAAAGCUUUUACAUCGAAGUCACACCUUAUCAUACACCAGAGGAUCCACACUGGAGAGAAGCCGUAUCAGUGUUCUGAAUGUGACAAAGCUUUUACAGACAAGGCAAGGCUUCUUAUACAUCAAUGUGAUCACACCGGAGAAAAACGUUAUGUGUGUUCUGAAUGUGAUAAAGCUUUUAAAAAGAAGUCAAUCCUUAUCGUACACCAGAGGAUCCACACUGGAGAGAAACCAUUUAAGUGUUCUGAAUGUGAUAAAGCUUUUUCAUUGAAGGCAGACCUUAUCAGACACCAGAAGGUCCACACUGGGGAGAAGCCAUAUCAAUGCUCUGAAUGUGAUAAAGCUUAUAUAGGGAAAAGGGAUCUUAUCAUACACCAGAGGAGCCACACUGGAGAUAAGCCCUUUCAAUGUUCCGAAUGUCAUAAAGCUUUUCCAGUGAAGUCGGCUCUAAUCAGACACCAGAUGGGUCACACUGGAGAUAAACCCUAUCAAUGUUCUGAAUGUGAUAAAGCUUUUAAAGUGAAGGAAAAGCUGAUCAUACACCAAAGGGUUCACACUGGAGAGAAGCCACAUCUAUGUUCCGAAUGUCUCAAAGUUUUUAGAAGCCACUCAAACCUUAUCCAACACCGGAAGAUUCACAAUCGUUGUCAGUAGAGAGGAA